AUAGGGAAACCGUCAUUUUCCUACUCGCCCUCUGACAUCAGCCACCUUCUCUAUAGCUACAGUUUCUCUUCAGUCAAACUGAUCCCUGGCGAUGAAACAUGAGCCUGUCCCCCACCCGUCCUGCCGCCUUUCGCCUCACGCCCCCAGAGAAGAGUUUCUUCGUGAGGCAGCCGGUGAAGGUUUUUUUCCAAGUCACAUGAUCCAGGAUGCAGGGGGAGAAUCCUUCUUGGAACAGAGAUGGGCCCAGAACCGAAUCAGAUGAGGAGAGAUAAGGUGUGAUGUGGGGAAGCCUAUAUAAGAAUGGACGCAGGGCUGCCGCGAGCACUCAACCCACUGGCCCCGUCUCACGACACAGCCAUGCAUGUGCCCGCAGGCUCCGUCACCAGCCACUGGGGAGCCACGGGCCGCGGGUAUUUCUGCUUCACCACGGCCUCGCUGGCUCUGUGUCUCGUCUUUGCUGUGGCGACCAUAAUGGUGUUGGUCGUUCAGAAGACGGACUCCAUUCCCAACCCGCUGGGCCAAUUCCCCCUUAAAGGAGGGAAUUGCUCAGAGGACAUCUCAUGUAUCCUGGAAAGGGCUCCAUUCAAGAAGUCAUGGGCCUACCUCCAAGUGUCAAAGCAUAUAAAUAAAACCAAGUUGUCUUGGAACAAAGAUGGCAUCAUCCAUGGAGUCAGAUAUCAGGAUGGGAACCUGGUGAUCCAGUUCCCAGGCUGGUACUUCAUCAUCUGCCAACUGCAGUUUCUUGUGAAAUGCCCAGAGCAUUCGGUCGACCUGAAGCUGGAGCUCCUCAUCAACAAAGAUGUCAAAAAGCAGACGCUGGUGACAGUGUGUGAGUCUGGAGUGCAAACCAAAAACAUAUACCAGAACCUCUCCCAGUUCUUGUUGGAACACCUUCAGGUCAACACCACCAUAUCAGUUGAGGUGGAUAAAUUCCAGUAUGUGGAUACAAACACCUUUCCUCUUGAGAACGUGCUGUCCAUCUUCUUAUACAGUAGUUCAGACUGAACCACCCCUCCUGGCCUUUAGGAAGAAAGCAACUCCCUACCACACAGCACUUAUCCUUCCAGACACUUGGGGAAAAAAAAAAAGAAAACUUUAGGCCAAGACUGAAAAACACAAAGGGAAUUAAAUAGUACACUUCCAUCCCCUGGGAAGAUCCAACUCAGGGUUAAAAAGAGACUUUUGAGUGAAGUAUCUUCCAGACAGAAGGCAGGGACGCAAUGUGGCAUGGUGGACAGAGCCACACAUGGGAACCAGGAGGCAUGGGUUUAGGCCCAGCCCCAUCACUAACUCACUGUGUGACCCGGAGCCAGUCCUUUCCCUCCCCUGGAACUUGGAUUUCAUGUCAGAAAAGCCAAGGGGCUGAGUUUUAAUCUUUCCAAGUCUCCUCCAUCUCAGAAGAGCAGCCUCUCUCGUCACAGACCUGAGAACUAAGAUCCCAGGCGCUGCUCCCGAAGCCCCCCGCCAAAGGAAAGGCCCCCACAUUGGCACUUAGUGACGGCACUUCAUAGCCUUCCGGCUGUCACGUCACCUCAGCAGAGUCGGGAGUUGGGGACGAGGGGCAGGGCACCUUGCUUGACAAACGGAGUGAACAGUAGGAUCUAAAGUCUGUAAACUGACCAUCCUGCAUCCACUGCCUUGCGGGUAUUUGGAAAACCACCCGGCCAGGCUUGACUCUGCCGGAACUGAGAGUGACAAUAAGACAGCAACACACAGCUUUUGUUUCCCGUCAGGAAAGUGCCAUGAGUUCGGCAGGUACUCAGCCCGCGUGCAGCCGUCAACGGUGAUCAGCCGUUUGGUAAAAGAGCAGCUGCUGUCUCCCACAUGAACUCUUUCCCCACUUCAAACAGCUCUCAGGAAACCACUCUGUGGAGGGUUUUUAAGGCCUCACUGUGUUGUUGACAGACAAUGACUCUGAAAAUGGUGAGGACUUCUGACGAACGGCCGCCUCCUCUCCUGAUCUAGAUGGCCAGGACAUUUCAACCUACGUUUACAUUUGUCCGUCUGCGAGGGAGCACCUUGUUUGAGAGAAGGACCACUGACUUGAAAUAUAAGCUCGUGAAGUUAUGCUUCAGAGGAAAAAGGAAUGUCUUAACUGCUAUGUAAAGAAGGGAAUAAAAUUUGCAUUUUUCUCAGUCAGGAGGAAAGAAGAGAAAGGAGUAGGAACUCAGGAAAGUUUGUCAGAGAAGGACUAGAAAUGAUUUCAAAGAAGGGAAGAAAAAGAACAGCAGUGGUGGUAUGGGUGAGAGGGACUUCAGAGAAUAGAAAUGGCUAAGGGAAAGAUUAAAGUAAUUUGCUAAGCCAGGUGUUAGACUGACCGCUUCCUAGGUCUCCACUAAGAAAUGUUCAGUAAAGUCUACAUUUCUCUUCAACCCUUUCUGGAGUAGAUUCUUUGGGAGGAGUGGGCAUUGGAAGAGAUGUUGAAUUCAGCAAGUCAAGUGGUCUGUGGUAAAAAAAAGAAAACAUAGAUAGGUUUUGAGGACCCAAAGCCACAGAAUAAGGGGGCACCUGGCAUUUACACCCUAACUCUGUAGGACAAACGAAUCCUGAUUAAACCAACUCCUGCAUUCUUGAAAAAGUAUCUGCAACCUAAGCAUGUGGAAGAUAAGUAAAUUUUCUACUGUCUCAUAUAUUAACUUGAGAAAGUUUCCAUUUUCAUUUUUAACCAACACUCCAGAGCAGAGGUACCUGACAUUUACCUCCUGAGGGGUUCCUAAUCUCAGUCUCUGUCGAGCAAUGGCCUGAAAGCCAGCAUCUGAAGACACAGAAUUUAAAGGAAUCCAGUAGCAAGACAAUUAUAAGAGAAUAAUAAUCAUAUUAAUAAUCAUUAAUAACCCAAUGUGAGGAUAAUAUGGAACCCCUGGUGGCUCAGAUGGUAUAGAAUAUGCCUGUAAUGCGGGAGACCUGGAUUCAAUCCUUGGGUUGGGAAGACCCCCGAAGAAGGAAAUGGCAACCAUAGGGAGUGGAUGGCCUAGAAAGUUUAAAAAUGGAAUUCUGCCACUCCCUGAGGGUUACCAAGCCCCUGGAAAUGCUGUGAGCAAAUGACGUCAUCUAUGCAAGUAAAAUAAGUCAUUUUUCAAACUGGGAGUCCAGGCUGCCUAAAAUUAUGCCUCUUUGGUAAAAAUUCAUCUGGUGCUCACUCAUUCUGCCCUCUGCCAUCUCCAACACAUAAAUACACACACACACACACAAACUAUACUUGUAGAACUUGCAGAGGAGGGUGAUGGAUGAGUUGAUGAAUAAUAACAAGUGAGUAUAAAUGUAUAUCUGUCCUUGGGAAAAUUCACAGGACUGUCUUUCUCCACAUUUCGGGACUUCUUCCUCACCCAUUUCUCCAUCACACAUGGAUGCCUCCUCAUCCAAUUCCUUCUCAGAAUCCCCACAUCACACAAUUCUUAGCGGGGAAAAGGGCCCCGCAGGUCCAGGGGGGCUGAUAGGAUCAGGCACCAAAGAAAAGAGUGCAGGAGAAACUGGGCAGGGUUCACCGAACGGGGGAGCCUUCUGGAAUCCCUGGAACACCGCUGACUGUCCUGGCACUGGGGGACAAAGCCGUUAAGAGCACAGAGGAGUCAGUCAGUAUCAUCUCUGGAAAGAUACUGAGAGAUCAGCUGAGCCAGUGUUGGAAUGCAAGCCCACUACAGGGCAGAGACUGAAGUGGGGAUUUAAGCCCAGCCUCCUGACCCCAUUACUACACACCAGACCCUUCUGCCCCCCGCUGUGAAAGUGAAAGUGAAGUCGCUCAGUCGUGUCCAAAUCUUUGCGACCUCAUGGACUGUAGCCUACAACGCUCCUCUGUCCAUGGGAUUUUCCAGGCAAGAGUACUGGAGUGGGUUGCCAUUUCCUUCUAGCCUUUUCAUAAUUCCUCAAGUCACAUCCGUCCAGCACUGCCCUGAAGCAGGCCUCAAUCGUCAGGGAUUCCUCUGUUUCUCCCUGACUCUCAGAACAAUUCUGGAUCAUCAUUCUAAUGUGAGACAGGUGGUCUGUAGAUUUUUGUACAUGGUCAAAUCAUGGAAAAAGUUUUGGGUCCCAUGACGUAAAUGUUUCAUUGCUCAGAAAAUGAAGAAAUAUAUAAUAUGAACAAUGUUUUGCAGUAAAAAAAUUAAAAGCUUGUUUUAUUUAAGGUUACAUAGAUAGGUGAGUGUAUAUAUAUGUGUGUGUAAGUAGGUAUGUGUGUAUGCAUGUACAUAUAUGUAUACUCUGUAUAUGCAUAUGUGUAUGUAUGUAUGUAUAUACACUGUCCCCUAAUAAUUGUUUUACAGGUCAUCUGCUUACACUGGGGUCAGGGGAAGAAGCCUGAUUAUUGCUCUGGGCACUGCAAAGUUUAUAUAUUUUUGUAUUUAUUUUUAAUUAUGAAAAGAACAGAAAGUAGUAUUUCUCCCAUGACUCACCAGUAUUUAAUAACUAUUAAUAUUUUACUAUAUUUGCUUCUGCUUCUUUUAAACAGAAAAAGUACAGGCAGAGCUGAAGCCACCCCGCUAUGUUCACCUCCCUGCCCCUCCCCAGAGCUAACCACAGCCUGGGCGUCUGCAUGCCCCCGUCACCGGGCGGCGCAGAUGGUAAAGAAUCCACCUGCAAUUCUGCAGGAGACCUGGGUUCGAUUCCUGGGUCAGGAAGAUUCCCUGGAGAAUAUUCUUGCCUGGAGGAUUCCAGGGACAGAGGAGCUUGGCGGGGGCUAUAGUCCAUAGGGUCACAAAGAGUUGGACAUGACUGAACUGAGUGAUAAACACUUUCACUUAUAUGGUUUUAUAUUUGUUUCCCCAUAGGAAUACAUAGUACAAGUCUGUGUGUUUUUAAAAUUUUCAAUAAAUGAUAUCCUGCUUUAUAUGG